UGCGCAGGGCCCUUCGCCAAUACGAGCAUCCUGCCCAAGGGGGCCAAAGGGACCACAGCGACCUAAUCAGUGCCUAGCACUCAUUCAUUCUGAUUGCUCGUCGCCGCCCGCCGUGCUGGGUCCCGCCCAUUUGCAUCGCGAUAUGCCUCGCUAUCGACCCCGUCUGGCCCAACGCCAUCUUGAUCAGCGCCUGAUCAACGAGAAAUUGACUUUGCAGCUCUUGGGCGGAGCUGGCCAUGGCCCGUCGAGUCAGGUUCUGCGCUGCAGCUCCAGCAACGUCGGUAUAAAGAGAGAGGGGGAGCUUCGCAUUGAGGGUGGUGAAAAUGUGCCCAGACGACUGACCUCACUCGAUUGAGCACGCGACCACAGCACCCCCUCUUCGACUACUCACUCUACCAUUCCCUCUCGUCCUCGGUGAACCAAGACUCAAGUCGAGACAACCAAGAACCUACUACUCGCAAUGGGCGAAGCAGACCGCAUCGGGCCAGACAUGACCCCCAAAAAGACCCUCGCCGACCGUGCCAACAGCAUUCGCAAGACCUUCUUCACCAAGCACGGCCUGAUUGGCGACUAUGACUAUGCCUUCCUUUUCCGACCGAAUCUCCCUUUUCUCAAGAAGCCUCGUCGCGCAUCGCCCUUUUUCGGCCUCCAUGACCCCAUGCCCAUGGUUCUGGCGCUCCUGCUGGGCUUUCAGCAUGCUCUGGCCAUGUUGGCUGGUAUCAUGACGCCGCCCAUUAUCCUUUCCGGCCAAGGAGGCGUCAAUCUAUCCGCCGACUACCAGCAAUACCUCGUCAGCACCUCUCUGAUUGUGUGUGGGAUCCUGUCCUCGAUCCAGAUCACGCGGUUUCAUAUUUGGAGGACACCGUACUUUAUUGGCACCGGCUUGAUUUCGGUCGUGGGAACAUCUUUCGCAAUUAUUCCCGUUGCCACCGGCGCCUUCACGCAGAUGUAUGCAAACGGCAAGUGUCAACUAGAUGCAGACGGAAACCGCCUGCCCUGCCCUGAUGCUUAUGGCGCCCUCAUCGGCACGUGUGCGCUCUGUGCUUUGGUUGAAAUCGCGCUGUCCUUCUUGCCACCCAAGGCGCUACGCAAGAUUUUCCCGCCCAUUGUCACUGGUCCGACCGUUAUCCUCAUCGGUGUCUCCCUGAUUGAAUCAGGCUUCAACGAUUGGGCUGGUGGUUCAGGCCUCUGCGCCGCGCGCCCAGACAGCGGCCCCUUCACCGUCUGCCCUCAAGUGGGAGCUCCGCAUGCUCUCCCAUGGGGAAGCGCCGAGUUUAUCGGAUUGGGCUUCCUGGUGUUCGUGACCAUCCUGAUCUGCGAGCGUUUUGGCUCUCCGAUCAUGAAAUCCACCAGCGUCAUCAUCGGUCUAUUGAUGGGCUGCAUUGUGGCUGCAGCCUGUGGAUACUUUGACGAUUCGGGCAUCACCGCGGCCCCCGUCGGCUCCUUCAUCUGGGUCAAGACAUUCAAGCUCUCGCUCUACGGGCCCAUCGUUUUGCCCAUCAUGGUGGUCUUCAUCAUCUGCGCCUGCGAAGCCAUUGGCGAUAUCACUGCCACUUGCGAUGUCUCACGCCUCGAAGUCGAGGGCCGACAAUUUGAGUCUCGUAUCCAGGGUGGUGUUUUAGCUGAUGGUCUUAAUGGAUGCCUGGCUGCCUUGAUGACUAUCACCCCCAUGUCAACAUUCGCCCAGAACAACGGUGUUAUUGCUCUAACCCGCUGCGCAAACCGCAAGGCAGGAUACUUCUGCUGCUUUUUCCUUAUCGUGGCUGGUGUGUUUGCCAAAUUCUCCGCAGCACUUGUUGCCAUUCCUGCCCCGGUUCUUGGAGGCAUGACCACAUUCCUGUUCUGCGCAGUCGCCGUAUCUGGAAUGGCCAUCGUGAACCGUGUCCCCUUCAACCGUCGCACGCGGUUCAUCCUCACAGCAGCACUAGCCCUCGGGUAUGGAGCCACUUUGGUUCCCACGUGGUUCAGCUAUGUGUUUACCUAUAACGGAGACAAUCACGCCCUUCGCGGCUUCUACGAUGCCAUUGUUCUGAUCUGCGAGACGGGCUUCGCCAUCACCGCCCUGGUCUCCAUGAUCCUCAACCUGACUCUGCCCGAAGAAAUUGAGGAUCUUCCUGCUGAGGAGGCUACCAAGGAGAUGGAGGAUGAAGGUCGAUCCGAGGCUACUGGCUCUGUCGAUGACGGUGUCCACAAGAAGAUCAAUGUGGAUGCGCCCAGCAAGGAGGUUGUGUAAGAUUAAUGGUUUGUGCCCAACAGCCAAGACGCAUUACCUGGGGUUUAAUAGAAGUGAGAUUUAUAAAAGUGAUAACUAGUGUCAUACCUGUUUCAAAAAUGUACAUUGCCUCAAAUCUG